CCGACACAAUAUCUGCCGACCGUCCACAACUGACAAUAAAAAAUUUAAGAGGCUGUAACCAUCCUCAAAUGUGAAACAGCACCCCUGGGCAAGGCCAUCACUUUCCUUUGUCUUCAAAUGUGUACCAAAAAGUUUUGUUUUCUGUGAUCACAUGCUGGGAAAGACAGAACCAGACAAGGAGUAUGUCCGCCCCGGACGCCUCUACGCUGUUCACAGGGAACAUAGCAGAAAGGGACAAUGGCAGCAGCAUAAUAUUUGACUUCUUUGAUGCAGUAGACUCGGGAGGCCGUUUACGACCUGCUGCCAUCCCAGACCUCCAGCAAUUACAGGAAAUGCCUACCCUGUCUAGCUUGAGAAAACCUAUUGAGUCUCAGAACCACAAUUACAGGAGAAGUCCCAGGAUUGCUCUCUGUUCUUGUGAAGGACUUCCCAUCGUCACCCCCAUUUGCCUACGGGCCGUUAGUUCACAGGAUGAACUGAAAAACCGACUCCAAAGACAGUUAGUUACACCAAUCCAUCAACGUGAUGAGUACAAGAGAAGAACCAAAGAAGCCGACGCCAAAGUGAAAACGUUUGAGAGAAAGGCUCUUCUAGUGAGGGCACAGGUCAAUGCUUUGAGACAUGGUCAGGUCCUAAGCAACUCCGUCAGCAAACAAUUACAGGAGAUGCGUGCACAACUGCGCAACUGGACAACAGCUGCUCAGCAACUGCAUAGACCGAGUACACAGCUUCAAAUACCUAACCUGAGAUCUGAAUCUGACAACAACGAUGAAGCUAGAGGCCCUGGUGACAAUUUCUGUUCUUAUUGUGGCCAACCUCUUACCGCUAUUAGCAUUGGAUUUCAGGACGCAAUGAGAUCCCGGCAAGAAUUGAAAAACAGCUUUCAGAGACAGUUGGCAAUGGUAAUGAAGCAACGUCAUGAGUACAAGAGAAGAGCCAGAGAAGCUGAAGCUAAAGUGAGAGUGUGGGAGAGAAGAAACAUUCUCAUGAAGGCCCAGGUCAGAGCUGCACGCGAAGCCUUCCUAACAGUCACAGAGUUAGGUAAUCGCAAAAACCCAGAACCAAAUAUUGUGUGAGAACUGGAGAUAGUGAAAAAGUACAUUCCUUGAAUUGUUGUUUUAAUUGUGUAUGUAACAUACAUUUGACACUAAAGUAUUUAGGCUAAAAGCAAUUGUUGAAUAGUC